CGGCGAACGAAAACACACAAACAGCCAGUUGCCUUAACAGAGGAUUCACCUCGUAAUUAAGGUAUAGAUACACGUUCCCUAUAUGCAUUUCAAUCUUUUACAUAUAGUUAUCGGGCUAUUUCUCUGUUUUCGGACUAUUCUUGCCGCUGCCGAUUACUACAAGGUUUUGGGAGUGGGUAAAGAUGCCUCUGAAGCAGAUAUCAAAAAAGCAUACCGUCAAUUAACAAAGCAAUGGCAUCCUGACAAAAAUCCUGGAAAUGAGGAAGCUCAAGAAAAAAUCAUUGAAAUAAACAAGGCUAACGAAGUACUCUCGGACCCCGAACGACGAAAAAUAUACGAUGCAUACGGUGAAGAAGGAUUGAAUGGUCAGCCACAAGGAGGCCCUCGCGGAGGCGGGUUUGGUGGAUUUCCUGGUGGUGGAUUUGGAUUUGACCCUUUUGCUGACAUCUUUGAAAACAUGUUUGGGGGACGCCGUCGUCAAAAUGCCGUUCGUCGUGGUCCAAGCAUUGAACAAGUUGCUCAAAUCGAUCUUUCCUCUUUCUAUACUGGUGGUAUCAUGGAAAUAGAAUUACCCGUGAAACGCAUUUGUCACGUUUGUCACGGUAAAGGAUAUAAUCCCAAGUAUUCCGAAGAAAAAGCAAUUCAUUCCUGCCCCAUUUGUGGUGGAGUUGGAUUCCGAGUGUUAGAACAUAUGAUUGCGCCUGGUUUCCGUCAACAGAUGCGUAUGCCUUGUGAUGCGUGUGGUGGAAGAGGCCGUACUAUCAAGCACAGAUGCCCUCAUUGUAAAGGAGAGCGUACUGCCGAAGUACGAGAGAAAUUCACGGUUGAGGUACCCCCUGGUGCUCCUCAAGAUUUUCGAAUUACGUUUUCUGGUAAAUCGGAUGAAAUCCCUGGACUUGAAGCUGGUGAUGUAGUUAUUAUACUUCAGGAAGCUGGUGAGCAACUUGGUUGGGUUCGUAAAGGCAACGAUUUGUACAGAAAAGAAACGAUAUCAUAUCAACAGGCACUUUUAGGUAACUGGAAGAAAAAGAUUCAAAAAUUAGAUGGAUCGUUCUUCGAAAUCAAGCGCUCUGCUGGCGAGGUAAUUCAUCCCGGUCAAAUUGAGCGUAUCAAAAAUCAAGGAAUGCCUAUCUACAAUACCCAAAAAGGUAAAACUACAUCAGCUAUUGGUAACGCCUUCAUAGAGUGGGAAGUAAGGUUCCCCAAGAAAUUAAAAGGAAAAUUCUUAAAGGACUUAAAUAACUUAUUCUCUAAAUACGAGGAUGUGGAUGAGUUGUAAUAAAAAGGAGAACUUUUUGUCUCUUAACUAUUUAGACUUUUGUAACAAGUUUAUAUGGAUAUCUUGUUGAUGAUUCCGCCUAUGCACUACUGUUUACGGAUGCUUUACGAAAAUUGGUCAUUCUACUAUAAAAUAAAUUCAAAAUUAUAUUCUUAUACUGAUCUUAUCGUGCAGUCUCUUUUCUUCUAGUCAUCUAAAGCUAGAGAUUAUCUUCGUAGUCAUCUCCAGUCUUGUAGAUUCUUAAAUUUUGAAAAAAUCGUCUUUCUUCAGUAUUCUCCAUAAAUGGAGCGGUCCAUAUAUGACCAUCAGCAUGUUCUCUUGCAGUGUACUGUUUAGGCCAGUCGGCUUCCUCAUCCUGCAACAACAUAGGGCCAUCGGUCUUUGGAAAAGGAACAGUUUCAAGAUUAAGGACGACGUUUUUGGUAAUCUCACCGAGUUCUUCGGCCAAGUAUCUCCUUUUAAAGAAACGAUAAAUGCGCUUUGGGGUAUUAGUGAAGCCGAGAAGGUGUGGUAGGGGGAAAAGAGCGACAAGAUCAAUUAGCCCAGGAGGCACAUCUUCAUUAACAGUUAGAUUUCUACUAAGUGAAAUGUCUUCUGCAGGAGAAGCCGAUUUUUGCUCCGAGGUUUCUGAUGACUCAGAACCAUUUGUCUCCUGCGGAUUUGAUUGAGGGAUUUCGGUGGUUUCUGGGUUUUCUUUGGGUGGUUCUUGUUCCUUCUUCAUUUCAUUUACUGCUUUUUCAUGAUAUUCAUCGGAGAAAGCAUACUUAAUUCCAUAGAGGAAUUCUUUCAAGGCAUGUCUACCGAACAACAGAUUAACGCUAGGUUCCUCACUUUCUUUCAAAAAUGACUUAAGAAAUUUCUCUGCUUCAGGUACGUCUGAAAUCCCAUUUCUUUUUUUCCAAAUUGAUCUUGCAAUUUGUUCUAGUAAAUUACCCUCCCCUUUGGAUUCAAAAACUUCAAAGUCUACAGCAGCAGCAUUUAAAAUUGGACGAACAUAUUUUUCAAACUCUUCUCUUGCUACCCAUAUUCCGUCGCCAGGAGGACCAUGAAGGUAUACUCGAACUUUUCUCGGCAAAGCUUGAGGCUCCAAAGGUGCUUUUGAAAGAUGAGCUACCUGGGAGCAAUACUUUUGAACAGUUAAAUUUCUUUGGUGAGUAUCGUAGUAAAUACCACCGGAUAUGCAGCCCACCACUCCCAAAAAAAUUGACAUAUUCCUGCCAGGCAAGUAGCUCUUCAUAGUAUUCAGCAUCGAGGACAUGGUUGCCAAUACUAAAAUAGAAAUAAUCUAAUAUAAAACAAGGAAUUGCCUCUUGUUAAGAUUUCGUGGAGGCCUUGGUAGUUUGAAAUUUUACGAACGACUUCGUAAACGGUUUAUCGUAACCAGAUAUAAUAGAUGACUGAACACUCCAGCAAUACGAGAGCUUUAUAGGAUAAAAUAGAAUAUCUAAGAAAAUGCCUUUUCUACUCAGAAUAGGGAUAUGAUGAAUUAGUUUAAUAGUAUGUGCGAAGUUGGGAAAUGUUGGUUUUCCACGCCAAUGUUUGUGUCCUCUGUGUGUAAAGAAUUGGUCCUUUGAUGAUGCUCAGGAAGGACAAGAACUUUCUUAACAUGAGUUAAUAGACCUUAGCUUUUCUUGUUUUACUCUUCCAACUACGUUUUGUUUCAUUUUUACGAAUCGCGGAAUGGAAACGUUUUAACUCAAUACUUGGGUUACUUUCUUUCUCUUUCUUUGGGCUUUAUUGAUCAGUAUUUAUAUUUUCGAGUCGCAUAAAAUUUUAGCUAUGUAAGUAUGCUAAACUUGUAUUCUGGUAUAUUUCGCAAAUGGGAGAAAAGACUGCUUGAUAAUUUAAAGAUAUUCAUUAGAAGGAGAGAAGUUUUAGGUUCUAUAACGCGGGCCCGCAAGCGGAAAGAGGAUAAGAGACUAGUUGAUGAGGAAGAUUUCUUGGGAUCGAUGUUUUACAACAAAACAGUUGACUUCGCCUGUAGCUCUUUUUGUUUCUGCUCCUCUGCGAUAGUAGAGAGAAGUUGCGCUUUAUAGGCCUCUGCAUUGGAUGUAAAACUUUGAGAAGGAACAUUUUUUACUUGAAGUACAUUCUGCUCGUUUUCUACGGUAGGAGAGGGAUUACUCUCCGAAAGCUGAAGCGAACUAGAAGAACUUUUCAUGGGAGUAUCAUCAAAUUUUCUUUCUUCAAUGGAUAGCGGAGCCAAUAGUCUUGUCAUGGAAUCCAUGCAUUGGUGCAUGACUUCAGCAGCAUUCUUUUUAUUAUAAGCGGCGGGAUUAUCGCCCGGGUAAACAACGUCGUCAUUAAUCAUGUCUACUAAAAGCCGUGCAUAAUAUCCGAGAGUCAUUUGUUUCUGAGCUCGAAUUUGGAACGCAUCCAUCAUUUGCUGGAACGACGACUUCAUAACUUCUCGGAUCUUGUUAUCCAGUUGCAUUUCUCCAACGAGAUUUUCGGCUUCCGUACGAACCAAUUGGUUUUGUAGGUCUAUCAGACGGGGAGAAAGUGGAUCCUUUUCUUCUUCUUUUUCAAUGGAUGCCACUAAUCGUUGGCGAUGCGCCCUUGAUGGAGCGAUGCUAUCUUCCAUGUCACGAAUUCCUUUCAAUUUCAGUCGGCUUUCAUCAAAUUGCUUCACGAAUUCCAAUUCACUGUCACCAAGCUCACUGACUAAAACGCCUAAUUUGUCACUAAUGUCAUUUAUACUGAGGCUCCUAGUUCUGGAUCCCCAAUCACUUAAGUAGCCCCCAAACUGACCAAGACCCUUUCCAGCUUGACGAUAAGCAUCCACAGACGACUUUCCUGAUUUAAUCAUGCGAUGGCUUCUCUUGGAAUCCUCAGUAUGAGAUAAUUCCUUUAGUUUGCUUAUAGAAAAUCCUACUAAAUUAGACUCUGCUGCAUCCUAGACUAUUUUUAUAAACUUACCACCUUUAUGAAGGCCUUUAACAAGGCCAUUCUCCCGAAGAGACUCUCUUCGUUGCAUAUUUAGGUGCUUUGAUCUAGAUAUGUGUUUUGUUUACAUUCGCUGCCACUAUAUACUAUACACCCCCAGUUCGUCUGACGAACAAAACAUAAACAAGGAUCAGUAAUUGUGUAAACAAACAUCAAAACAAUAAACACCACUUAGUGAAAAUACACUUUCUUUUAUUUUCAUACGAAUUAAAACAACCUUUCUGACUACUUGCCUUCCAGACUAACUAUGUUUUACGAUAUAUAAUAUUUGAACUGUCGAUACCAUGUACUUUAAAAUACUAUCAUCCAUACUUCUU